CGCUACGUAUCCCCCCUCCGCCUUCCACCUCCCCGCCGCCAUUUUCUCUCCGCGCUCCGUUCAUGUGAAGGCCGGUGGAUGGUCUCGCACCGCCGCCGCUCGCCGCCGCGCCCGGCUGGAGGAACCGCCGCCGCCUGAGGCCCGCCCUGCCCGGGGGAGGGGAGGGGGUACCUGGCUCGUCCCCCCUCCCCGUUGUUCGGUGAUGCGCUGACGGGGGAGGGCCCCCCACCGGGCCGGUACCGUCGAACAGUUCGCCGGGCAAAGUGGGGGGGUCGUCGGAAGAGACGGCGGCGGCGGGAGGAGGAGGAGGAGGUGAAGAAGAAGAAGAGGGACGGCCGGGAUCGCGGGCCGGGCACGCAGCCGCCGGCAUGUUGCAGAAUGUGAAUCCCCAGAGCAAGAUUCUGGGGGAGGGCAAUGCCGGGCUCAUGGGCCUGGCGACGGAAUCGACCCCCGGCAAGCGGAUCCGCAAACCCUCGCUCCUCUACGAGGGCUUCGAGAGCCCCACCAUGGCGUCGGUGCCAGCCCUGCAAUCCCCCCAGGUGAACCCACCUCCACCGGAGGUUUCCAAUCCCAAGAAGCCCGGUCGCGUCACCAACCAGCUGCAGUAUCUGCACAAAGUGGUGAUGAAGGCUCUGUGGAAGCACCAGUUUGCUUGGCCCUUUCGUCAGCCCGUCGACGCUGUCAAGCUGGGCCUGCCGGACUACCACAAGAUCAUCAAGCAGCCCAUGGACAUGGGGACAAUCAAGCGACGCUUGGAGAACAACUAUUACUGGGGGGCUGCGGAGUGCAUGCAGGACUUCAACACUAUGUUCACCAACUGCUACAUCUACAACAAGCCCACUGAUGACAUUGUGCUGAUGGCCCAAACCCUGGAGAAGAUUUUCCUGCAGAAGGUGGCGCAGAUGCCACCAGAAGAGCAGGAGAUCGUGGUGCCGGUGGCCAAGAACAGUCAUAAGAAGGGAGCGUCCCGGGCAGCAGCGCUCCUGGCGGGACUCACGGCUGCUCAGCAAGUGCCGGCUGUCUCCUCAGUGUCCCACACCGCAGUCUACACCCCAAGCCCCGACAUCCCCACCACCAUAGUCAACAUUCCCCACCCAUCCGUGAUUUCCGCUCCGCUCCUCAAGUCGUUGCACUCCACUGCCCCGGCCGUCCUGGCUGCACCCGCUCCCACCCAGCCCGUGGCCAAGAAGAAGGGUGUGAAGCGGAAAGCGGACACCACCACCCCCACCACCACGGCCAUCAUCGCCACCAGCGGAGAGUCCUCGCCCUCCGCCACGCUCUUGGAGGCCAAGGCGGCCAAGAUCCCCGCACGCCGGGAGAGCGGCCGCCCCAUCAAACCCCCCAAGAAGGAUUUACCAGAUUCGCAACAGCACCAGACAUCCAAGAAGGGUAAACUAUCAGAGCAGCUCAAGUACUGCAACGGGAUCCUCAAGGAGCUGCUCUCCAAGAAGCAUGCAGCCUACGCCUGGCCCUUCUACAAGCCUGUCGAUGCCUCGGCCCUGGGGCUGCACGACUACCAUGAGAUCAUCAAGCACCCCAUGGACCUCAGCACCAUCAAGCGGAAGAUGGAGAACCGGGAUUACCACGACGCGCAGGAAUUCGCCGCCGACGUCCGGUUAAUGUUCUCCAACUGCUACAAAUACAACCCGCCUGACCACGACGUGGUGGCCAUGGCCCGCAAGCUGCAGGACGUCUUUGAGUUCAGUUAUGCCAAGAUGCCGGAUGAGCCGCAGGAUGCCAGCCCGCCCUCGGUGUCAGCCCCGCUUACUGGCGCCCUCUCCAAAUCGUCCUCCGAGGAGUCCUCCAGUGACGAGGAUGAGGACGAUGAGGACGAUGAAGACGACGACGAGGACGAGAGCAGCAGCGAGAGUUCAUCAGAGAGUGAGGAGAGUUCUGACUCGGAGGAGGAACGUGCCAAUCGCUUGGCCGAGCUGCAGGAGCAGCUGCGGGCCGUGCACGAGCAGCUGGCUGCCCUCUCACAGGGCCCCGUUUCCAAACCCAAAAAGAAGCGAGAAAAGAAAAAAAAGAAGAAAUCGGAGAAGCACAAAGGCCGGGGAGGCGACGAGGAAGCCCGGGCGCGCCAGGCCCAGCUCCGUAAAGCCAAGAAAGCCGGUGGUGGUGGCAGCGGGACUGGUGGAGGCGGCAGUUCCAAGAACUCGAAGAAAACGGCUAAAGCGACGUUGCCACCGCCGCCAGCCCUUUACGAUUCAGAGGAAGAGGAGGAGAGCAAACCCAUGACUUAUGAUGAAAAACGUCAACUCAGUUUAGACAUCAACAAAUUACCGGGCGAAAAAUUGGGGCGGGUGGUGCACAUCAUCCAGUCGCGAGAACCUUCCCUGCGCGAUUCCAACCCCGAGGAGAUCGAGAUCGAUUUCGAGACCCUCAAACCUUCGACGCUGCGGGAGUUGGAGCGCUACGUUCUCUCCUGCCUGCGGAAGAAACCCCGUAAACCUUACAGCGAAACCAUGAAGAAGCCGGUGGGGAAGACGAAAGAGGAGCUGGCGCUGGAGAAGAAACGGGAGCUGGAGAAGCGGCUGCAGGAUGUCAGCGGCCAACUCAAUUCCACCAAAAAACCCCCUAAAAAGGCCAGCGAAAAAACGGAAUCGGCUCAGCAAGUGGCUGUAUCUCGCCUCAGCGCCUCCAGUUCCAGUUCGGAUUCCAGUAGUUCCAGUUCCAGUUCGUCAUCCUCGGACACCAGCGAUUCGGAUUCGGGUUAGAGGAAUCUCGCGUCUCUCCCCACUGUGGCGUGGCUGAGCCGGAACAUGGGUGGCUUUGGAAAAAAGAGGUUCUGCGGGACCGGAUCCAGGUUGAAUCGGACUGAGGGGGGGGCCCUUCACCCGGCAGGCAGAGCCCCCCACCCCACCUGGGGCUGAUGGGGAGGGGUUGGGGGCAGGGA